AUACAGGAAGCCGGGGAAUGUCCUGCCGUGUGUACGGAGGGGAGCCUGCUGUAGAGAGGGACCUGCUGUACAGAGGGACCUGCUGAAGAGAGGGACCUGCUGAAGAACAACCAUCUGCCACCUGCACCCCGGCCUGAGCACCAUGGAGGAGCAGCACAAGGCAGAGAGCACUUUCAGUGGAGAUGAAGCAAGCAAUAUUGUUAAAGAGUGUGUAGACGUCAUCCUAGGUGGAGUAGAUUAUGAUGAAAGUAGAGUAAAUGAGUGGAUGUCUGCCGUGGUCGAACAAUCUUUAACCCAUCUAGUAAAGACGGAAAAAGCCUUCAAAUAUAUUGUUACCUGUACAGUUAUGCAGAAAAGAGGAGGUGGUCUCCACACUGCAAGCUCCUCAUUUUGGGAUAACUCCACUGACGGCAGCUGCACAGUGCGAUGGGAAAACCGGACCAUGUAUUGCGUUGUCAAUGUUUUCGCUGUGGCCAUACACCUAUAAAGGAAUGUCAGGAAAAUAUUUGCCCGUUGCACGCGUAAUGUUAUAAAGAAAAAGAAAAAAUAGACACAGCAAAUAUGCUUAUCUGUUUAAGGCUGGAAACAGACACAACGAUAAACUCCCCAAAAUACGCCAUACUGGCAUGCCGUUUUUUUGAGCCAACAAUGCUAUGGCUAUAUGUUAGCCAGGAGUCUAUAGCUCGGUGGCUGGAAGUUUUUUUCUAAAUCUCAGCAUGCUUUGGGUAUGUUUAUUUUAAUUUUUUUAAAGAAAUUGUGGCAUUUUUCCUCCCAUAUACUAUAGGUGAAAAUAAAUCACUAUAUAAAAUGCCAUGUGUGCUUGUAUGUUGGCAUUUUGUCCCCAGAUCUUCAAUAAAAAUCACUUGGUGAAAGAAUCACAUGACUUGUAUUGAUCAAACAACGAAAAUACAGCAUAUAAAAAAUGCCACAAAAAUAUGGGGUCAGUUGUUUUUUUCAGGCCAAAAAAAAAUGAAAGAAAGUUGUGUCUGUUCGUAUCCUUACCAAACUAUAGCAGCUUGCUUAGUUGUCUAUUUUAGGCGGGAUAAAGCACAAUUUAUCAUGUGCCACAGAAGUUCCAGUCAGGAAUUACACGCUACUGCCAUUGCCUGCUACAUGAUGUAUUACUGAUGUUUAACAGAGUCAAUUGUAUAAAAUGUAUACAGUAAUAUAUAAACUCUCAGGAAUAGAAAUAUAUACAUAAAUGGAGCACCCUAAACAGAAAAUAUUAUAACCUCUUUAUAUUUACUAGUUAUUGCUCCUAUACAUUGAGAAUAACUGCACAUAAUAGUUCAGGUUUACCAUUAUAUACACACAAUGCUCAUUGCAUCUAGGCUUAUACUAGCUAACCAGGUUAGAAUUAUAUUUUCCAUUCCUUUUAGCUUUGAUAUUACUUUAUA